UCUCCCCUGUUUCCGCAUAUCUGGAUUUGCAGAAAGAUCGGCCUUAAUUCAACUCUACUCUCUCGAUUCUUUGCAAUUAAUGGAUCCUAAACUCUCCCGGAUUCCAGUGAAACCUGUUUCUUCUAAACCGAAAUUCAUCCGAAAGCCAGCCUGUGAAGCGCCCCAAAUCACUGCCCUUCAACCUCCUAUUUCCAGGCAGAAACGAGUUUUUGGAAUUGUUCGGAGCUCAAACAUUCCAAUCAAAUCAGUAAAUGAAAAUCCCUUAGCUAAGCCCUUAAUUGGAGCUGUUAAGAAACAACCUAAAUCCACUCGAUUAACUCAAAUCGCCGUCAAUGCUACUGCUGAUCAGAAGAAGAUCACUGAAAAGUUGAAUCCGAGGCCAAAGAAGAAGAGCCCUAGCACCAAGCAGCAAUUUAUGGAAACGGCCAUAAAGGAUUUGCGUGUUAUGAACGACGUUGUGGAGCCUCAGACGCCGGUGGCUAGGCCUCGUUUGCAUAAGAUGAGAAACGCUGGCACCCCUUAUCAGACUGCGGAAAAAUGCAGUAAUUGUCGUUUUGACAAGAUGGAGACUUCGUCAUAUUGGGUUGCUCAGAUCAAAUUGGCUGAAUCCGUUGGGAAGCAUUUUGUGUCAGCUGAUUUCUUUCGCCUUGCAUAUAUCUGCAAUGCCGAGCCGAUCAGGAACCUCAAGGUCGAGCUAAAGCGUUACUUGACUCGGCAUGAACAUCUAUCUAUGAAAACUGAGUGGAAGGAUGUGAGUCUUAGCUACGGCUUACUUCAAGAUGAAAACAUUAGCGGCCCCCACAAUCCGUCUACUAAAAUUUGUGACAGUGAACUCAACGAAGGUAAUCAGACUACGGCAAUCGAAUCUAGGACCCCAGAAUUCAGUAGCAGUGAAUUCGAUAAAGAUGAGAUUGUGGGAACUGAUGUUGGUGAGCUGGAGACAUGCCAAAGAUGUCCAAGUUCUUUGCCUAUGGAACCAGAACAAACCCAUCAAACAUGACACCGGAAUUUGAUUUUGUAGCCUUAGUUCAGCUUGUGUUCUAUAAAUGCAUCCAAUUUUGUGUUUUGCAUUGCCAUUUUCAUAUUCUAUUUUGUAUACUAGGCAAAUGAUUUAAAGAUUGCUUGAUAUUCAUCAAAUCAUACAUGAUACGGAUUUGUGUUCCACUUGUCACUAGGAGUGUAAAGUGAUUGGA